GAUGAAACGUUUUUGAAGUUCGGUAUCGGUUGAAGAAGGUGCUGUGGUACAACUGAAUACGUAUCAAAGAUUUUUCUCAAGGUGAUUGAUGAGCACGACGACGACACGUGAAAAACAUCUGUACUACUUGUUUCUGCCUCUUCUUAGAGUAGAAGUAGGAAACGUUUUUUCUCCAACACAUCCAAUUCGGUUUGCUACCGCGAAGAAGGAUCCCUCUGUCAGUAGACCUUGUAUUGCGAAUAUGCGGCGGUUGUGCAAGAAGAAGAUAAAACGUCUGUCUGCGCUUGCUGAAGAAGAUUUGUCGGUCUCGGUCAGCAAAUUUAUGUGCGGAUGUGAUGUACUAAGUAGAUGUAGAGAUGAAUGGCAAAUGUUUGAUGCAAUUGAAGUUGUCACCAAGUUGACUAUCUCUGGGCGCAGCUUCAAAGCAGUGAAGAAAGAAGUUGGUCUCAGCAGCUGCAGAAAUUACAAUUUUUUACUCUUUUUGAUACCGCUCUACGGUUACGGAUCGAUAAGGUUACCAAAUACAACAAAGUUAACUUUUUUAUAUAUACUGAAGUAG